UGGCUGGGCUGGGCUCAGACGGCUGCACCGCAGGUUGGCGAGAGCUGAAGGGAGGGAGCGAGGGAGGGCCUGAGCUGAGGCCCGGACCGGCGCAGGCGGGAGCUGGACCCAGAGCUCCCGCGGCCGCCCCUUCCCUGGGCUGGGUCAUGCGCUGCCCCAAGUGCCUUCUCUGCCUGUCAGCGCUGCUCACGCUCCUGGGCCUCAAGGUGUACAUCGAGUGGACAUCUGAGUCUUGGCUAAACAAGGCCUACCGGGGACCCCAGGGCACCCCACUGGGCCCCACACCGGCCACCCCCGAGCCCACCCUGCCGGCUAACCUCUCUGCCCGUCUGGGCCAGACCAGCCCGCUGCUCUCUGCAUACUGGAACCAGCAGCAGUGGCGGCUGGGGUCCCUGCCCAGUGGGGACAGCGCUGAGGCAGGGAGCUGCCGGGCUUGGGGGGCUGCCGCUGCUGCAGAGAUCCCAGACUUCGCCUCCUACCCCAAGGACCUCCGCCGCUUCUUGCUGUCGGCGGCCUGCCGGAAUUUCCCCCAGUGGCUGCCUAGAAGUGGUGGCGGCCAAGUGGCCGACUGCUCAGGUACGGACGUCCCCUACCUUCUGUUGGCCAUCAAGUCGGAACCAGGGCGCUUUGCAGAGCGACAGGCCGUGAGGGAGACGUGGGGCAGUCCGGUUCCUGGGGUCCGGCUGCUCUUCCUGCUCGGGUCACCAGAGGGUGAGAGGGGGCCUGACCUAAGCUCCCUGGUGGCCUGGGAGAGUCGCCGCUACAGUGACCUGCUACUCUGGGACUUCCUCGACGUCCCCUUCAAUCGGACGCUCAAAGACUUGCUGCUGCUGGCCUGGCUGGACCGACACUGCCCGGGCGUGAGCUUCGUCCUGCAGGCUCAGGAUGACGCCUUCGUGCACACACGGGCCCUUCUGGACCACCUGCGGGCCCUGCCCCCUAGAUGGGCCCGAAGCCUCUACCUGGGUGAGGUCUUUACCCAGGCCAGACCCCUGCGGAAGCCCAGAGGACCCUUCUACGUGCCUAGAUCCUUCUUUAAAGGUGAAUACCCGGCCUAUGCCAGUGGCGGCGGCUAUGUCAUUGCUGGGCGCCUGGCACCCUGGCUGCUGCGGGCAGCGGCCCGUGUGGCCCCCUUCCCCUUCGACGAUGUCUACACUGGCCUGUGCUUCCGGGCCCUGGGCCUGGCACCAAGGGACCACAAAGGCUUCCUCACAGCCUGGCCAGCAGACCGCACUGCUGAAGCCUGUGCUCUCCGGGACCUGCUGCUGGUGCGGCCCCUCAGCCCCCAGGCUAGCAUUCGGCUCUGGAAACAGCUGCAGGAGCCUCAGCUCCAGUGCUGAGCCUGGCGGAGCUGAGGAGAGGAGGGCAGCACAGACCUGGCUGCACCUCGGUGCCUGUCUCUCACUCAGCCUCUCCUUCUGGGCCUCAGCGUGAAGGAGGAAUUCUAGAACCGUGACUGCCUGAGCCCCUCCUAGGUCCUCCCGGGCCAGGGGACGGGGCAGCCGGAGGGAACAGACUGUUUGUGUCUACUUUUUGUGUUUGAAAAACACGCACUCCCCACUCUGA